GCGCUCCGUCCGUCGACCGCAUAUAAGCCACGCUCGUCUUGCUCGAUGUGACGUAGGGACGCACUCGCUCAGGAUGCUCAAGGAUCACACAGCGACCACCCAAGCGCUUCUCGGGACCCUGUUCACGUGGGCUCUCACCGCAGCCGGCGCCGCGCUCGUCAUCGUCAUACGGGGGAAACAACGGAAGCUCCUCGAUGUCAGUCUGGGGUUCGCUGGCGGCGUGAUGGUGGCCGCGAGUUACUGGUCAUUGCUGGCUCCAGCGAUCGAAAUGGCAACCGAGAGCAAGAUAUACGGGGCGAACGGCGAGUACGCGUUCGUGCCGGUCGCAGUUGGCUUCGUCAUCGGCGCGGCAUUCGUAUACGGGACGGACAUGUUGAUAUCUACCCUCGGCAUUCAGUCCCCCAAUGUGCUUUUAGCUAUGCAAUCAGUCGGUACGAAACAAAGACGCAAAAUUGCGAAACUAAAGAGUGACGAGGACUUAGACGAUAAUGUUCCGUUUAACGACGUACAGAUUUCCGGAAGUGGAAAAAUGUACUCUAGUGUCGAGUCGACCACUAUCGAUGGCUUCUACGAACAGAAUAGUAGACGUCGACAAAUAGCGAAUAUAAACAGAGCGUCAGAAUCGGGAGAAAUCGGCACGGUUUACGAAGAUCCCAAUAACGAGGCGAGAAACAAUCAAUGGCGGAGGAUAUUGCUGCUAGUUGUGGCGAUUACGGUGCAUAAUAUUCCCGAGGGCCUCGCAGUUGGUGUGGGCUUCGGAGCGAUAGGAAGCAGCGCAUCAGCAACAUUCGAAAAUGCAAGGAACCUCGCGAUCGGUAUCGGGAUACAAAAUUUCCCGGAGGGAUUGGCGGUGGCGCUACCCCUUCAAGCCGCCGGGAUUAGUACGUUGAAGAGCUUUUGGUACGGCCAACUGUCGGGGAUGGUGGAACCUAUCGCCGGUGUCCUUGGCGCAGUCGGAGUGACGCUCGCCGCACCUGCGCUACCUUACGCACUUGCUUUCGCGGCCGGCGCAAUGAUCUACGUCGUGAUCGACGACAUCGUCCCGGAAGCGCAUCAAAGCGGAAACGGCAAAUUCGCCAGCUGGGCCGCCAUCGUCGGUUUCCUGGUGAUGAUGUCCUUAGACGUUGGCUUAGGUUAAGGAUGUCGUUUCCGACGUAUUCGCGCCGGCGUCCUCGCUUUUGCAGAGGCGCGUCAAAAUCACGCGGUAGCGGUAAAAAAAAAAAGAGUGUUACGACGAGGGCGGGGGGAGGGAGUUUCCUCGCCUCGCGUGCGACAUUCGCCGAACAGUAAUAAUGUGUUUUCUGUCUUUUUUCCUCCUUCUUUUUUUUUUUUUGUUCGCCUUACAACAAACGUGAGGCACCUUCUUCUUCCUCGGGAGAACUGAACGGUAGCGAAAGAGACGUUUUCGAUCGCGUACGAAACAUAUUUCCGUGAUUCCUGAUAUUCAUCGAAACGCUUUGAUGGAGAAAAUUGCCGCAAUGUUGCCGAACGUGUUCGACACCUUUCACGCGACUCGUUGGCGCGAUAAAGUGUAGAGAUUGAAACCGGUAUGAUUUCCGCGAGUCGAAUUUUCGCAGGCGCAUGAAAUGAUCAGUCUUACGUACGCCGCGCGAAGAGGAUCAUUCGUAAAUUCAAAGAACCUGAAUUUACCAUGAAAUACCAUUACCGUAAACCACCGGUUUCAAUCUCCAUGAGAUAUCGUCCGAGUCGCGUUGGAGAAUUACGUUAAUAUCGAUUUUAUCCUUCACAAAUCGACGGCUUGGUCGGCACUUUUGCGAGGGUAAUAAAUCGCCGCUUAAAAGUACAACGUUUUCGCAUCUUGACAUCCGGUAGGUAUCUUUAGCUUCAGCGAACCUGUAGAACGCGUUUCAUCUUGAAAAAGUCUUCCUCCGAGUAUCUAGUCCGCGUUGGUGCGAUUCCAAAAAUCGAGUCGAGCUGAAGGCGCACGAGCCGCACUUAAUGAUCGGGCAUACAGAUCGAUGCUUUUCAGGAUUCACUGGAAAACGCAAAACCGAUGCAAUCGUUGCGAGCCAACCGACUGUCAGUAGAUAGAUCGAGUAUAAUAUAAAAUAUUACGCAGCGUCGAGAGAAUCGUCCGAAGAAGGGAAAAGAUUACCCAUGUACCGAUACCGAUACGAGUCGACAUUGAAGUUUCGUGUCGCUCGUCAAUUUUUAACACACAAAUGAUUGUUAUCCCGGGAUGUUACGCGGUCGGAAAUCUGCCGGAGCCUCUCAGUCCCCACGAAUAGGGAGGACCACCGCUGCGUCUGCUGGUGCUAUAUUCGUUACAUUAAUUAUCUCCCCGAUGUUCCUACAUUAUUACUCGGCUAAGUCCCGCGCGAGUACCGUUAGUAUCCUCGAGAUUUUAAUCGCGGCUUAAUCGUCGAAUUAGUUCGUUCUCGAAUCGUCCGUACGUACGCUUCCGAUUCGCCGUAAUUCACCGCUAGAAUUCCAUCUUAAUGAGAGAGGACGCAGCACACCGCCGCAUUAUGCAAAUUCACGUUUGCGCCUUUAUGGAACACAAAUCUCUCUCUCUCUCUCUCUCUCUCCUCCCCUCACAGAGUUACAAAUAUUUCGUAACUCGCGAGCGGUUUCUCGUGCGUGCGUACGUGCGACACACGUGCGCAACGCACGCACGCAAUCGGGCCCGCGAUUCGUUCGUUGCUUCGUUUAUGCCUGGCAGGUAAACCUAUACGCGUAUAUUUAUUACGUUACAAUGUGUCCUUUCUAAUCACCGGUCAGGCAACGGUGCAAUUUUGUUCUUACGGCGACAUGACGUUUAUCUCGAAGGUAGCCGCUAACGUAACGAGGUUGCCGCUAUACCCGUCGGCGCGGAAAUAGACGGCCUUUUAUAGUUCACCUCCGUUCUGGGGACUGAAAUUCGACAUUCCGACGCGCAAAUUGUGCGUUUAGAGAAAAUUUUUCGAGAUACGAUAUGGGGACACUCGGCGCGCCUCUCACGAUACUUUAGCACCGGCACGUUUUGCAACAGUUAGCUAGCGCACUAACUAACUGUCCCAUUCCACCGAUCCAUAACGAAGCCAAGUAAAAGAAAAAACGUCGCGUCAGCGUCACGCAGGACACGAGCAAUCGAUAUGAUUCCGCGAUUCGAAAGUAGCAUAGCCGAAUCGCUGUUGGAUUCGUCAUUUUACCUUCAUGACGGCGCGCGCUCGUCUCUCUCUCUCUCUCUCUCUCUCUCUCUCUCUCGUGCGCCUCACCGUAUGUAAGAUUCUUCAUGCAUGUAAUAUUCAUUCCCAGCACGACGCGACGCGAACGUAAUAUUCUGUUUUCAUUAUUAAGCGACCGCUGCGAGUCGACGUCUCCUCGAGAUCGAUACCGCUCGAUGGGCGUACUUGCGGUAAUUGAAAGAUACAGAGACCGGCCAUCGAUAUCAGAUUCUCGACGCUGCUCAUUUAUGUAAGAUAUAGAGACUAUAUUUUGAUACUGUCGAUAGUACACCAACAAGUAUUAGCAUACAUACAUACAUACAUAUACAAACAUAUACACAUAUAUAUCGACACUCGCGUAUGUAUACAACUGCAUAUUCCUCGUACUGAUUUCGCGUUAAAUGGACCGUUUAAUAGACCGUCUGGUUUCACGGACGUCGAGAAGCGUCUCCGACACGACAGUCUACUAAGUAACGUUAUCGCGACAACCCGACGAAAACUGCCGUUUCAAGCAUUUAGGGACACCACUUUCUCAAGUAGAAUUGAGAUUGUCAAUUUUUAACUGUCAAUUGGACCUUUCUAUCAGCGAGGAUCUUUUACCGCUAUCGCGCAAACCGAUCGGUGGCGGGUCUUCUCGACGAUCUUUCGAUCCGGACGAUCGACACGACCGCUAUACGAAAAGUACGGAAAAUCAGCGACGCUCGGUUUAUAUUAAACCUGUAUUGAGCGAGCAUCGGUUGUUGUGGAAGCUUCGAUGAUAGAAGCGAAAGUCGUCGUUGAGAGCGACUUCGACGUGGCUUUACACGCGUCGACGCUCAGGUCACACGACACACGUAUGUGCGAUGCUUUAGCGAAAUAUAUCUGUAAUUAGUCGCGUAACUAUGUACGAAUAUCGUGUAACUAUACAAAUAUUGUAUUCUACUUUAGGUAGCUAGCAAGAUCGAUCGUAUAAGUAGCGCGCUCGUUUGGGAAUGGUUGAAAUCGCGCGAGCGCACGCCGCCCGCCAUUUUAUCAGUUUCACACGAUUGUCUCUUUGGUUAUUCGUUUGCAUAGGAGAUCUACGCCGACGAAUAUGUGGGGAAACACAUAAGAGUGUUUAGAUAUCGAUUAAGAUCUCCUGACGAUGGAUUAUGUUUGAAAGAAACGCAACGACUAAUUCUCUCCUCGAUCGCUCCUUUUCACAGCUGCAAUUGAGAAUUUCACGUCCCCAGUUAAAAAUUAGGUGCCUUCGUAACUUAAUUAGCAUUACUCCUUUUAUCAUGAUAUCAGUAUUUGGUGAAUUUGUGAGCUAUGUUAGCAACGACUGUUUCGUUUUCCAUUUAUUACCACGCAAAGAUUCAGUCAGAAUGUCACUCCUCGAAGUCUUUGCGCGUCAAAUAUCCAAAAAAUUGUCUCUUGUACUCAUUCAUCGCGAAUUUGAUGUUGCGAUGCAAUGGUUUUUAAGGUAUGCAAUAAAAGCAGUGCAUUAAAAUAA